UCGCCCGCCCCACCGGCUGCCUGCGGACCGCGCUCUAGCUGGUUUGAGGCGCUGGAUUUACUCGCUUCCUGGUUUUCUCGCACCCCCACCCGAACCUCUUAGUUCGUCUCCCUCCCCGCCACGACCCUCUCUCCCCACUUGAUCGCCAAGCCUAACCUUGCCCGCGUGGUCAUGGGAUGUCUAAUUUCAUUUGUAUCUAGGCUGCUGACAGGGCUCCUGGCUCUGUGAAGUGGAUGUCAGGUGGAUCUAUGUUUUUGAAGGAACAAAGACUCAGAGAAGGCACCGCCAAGGAAGUUUGAGAAGCGGGAGGAUGCAGGCUGCGUGCUGGUACGUGCUUCUCCUCCUGCAGCCCACCGUGUACUUGGUCACAGGUGCCAAUUUAACGAACGGUGGGAAAUCAGACCUUCUGAAAUCAGGAAGUAGCAAAUCCACACUAAAGCACAUAUGGACAGAAAGCAGCAAAGAUUUAUCUAUCAGCCGGCUCCUGUCACAGACUUUCCGUGGGAAAGAAAAUGAUACAGAUUUGGACCUGCGCUAUGACACCCCAGAACCUUACUCUGAGCAAGACCUCUGGGACUGGCUGAGGAACUCCACAGACCUUCAAGAGCCUCGGCCCAGGGCCAAGAGGAGGCCCAUAGUUAAGACAGGCAAGUUUAAGAAAAUGUUUGGAUGGGGUGAUUUUCAUUCCAACAUCAAAACAGUGAAGCUAAACCUGUUAAUAACUGGGAAAAUUGUAGAUCAUGGCAAUGGGACGUUCAGCGUUUAUUUCAGGCACAAUUCCACCGGUCAAGGGAAUGUAUCUGUCAGCCUGGUGCCCCCUACAAAAAUCGUGGAAUUCGACUUGGCACAACAAACUGUGAUUGAUGCCAAAGAUUCUAAGUCCUUCAACUGCCGCAUCGAAUAUGAAAAGGUUGACAAGGCUACCAAGAACACACUCUGCAACUAUGACCCUUCAAAAACCUGUUACCAGGAGCAGACCCAAAGUCAUGUGUCCUGGCUCUGCUCCAAGCCCUUUAAGGUGAUCUGUAUUUACAUUUCCUUUUAUAGUACAGAUUAUAAACUAGUACAGAAAGUGUGCCCCGACUACAACUACCACAGUGACACACCCUACUUCCCUUCAGGAUGAGGAUGAACAAGGGGGUGAGACUGAAGCCUGUUGAAUUAAAGGUCACAUGAUAGGGCUGUCACCUCAAAGAGGAUGGGCAUAUCUGUUGCCUGGAAUGUGUCUACACUGCUGCUCUCGUCAACUGGCUGCAAACACGCUAACAGAAAAUAACCCGAUGUUCUUUCUGCCCAGUCAGCUUCAUCUCUCAGUAGAGUUGUAAAUCACAGAUUCUGAUGUCACACUCGUAGAUAUGCUCUCACAUCUAGAAGUACCCCAACACACACCUGUGCACAUUUCAGCCGCAUCCGUCAUGAUUCCUGUUGAGAGGGCUGUCACUGUCUGACUCAGUGGUUCAGAAUCCACUGUCAUGAAACAAAAGGAUUAACCAGACAGAGAAGGUGUCUAACACUCACUGUAUGCAAGUCUCUGAAAGUCUCCAGUUCAUGCUAAUCAAUGCCCCCACUCAUGCAUUCCUACUGCUUGGAGUAGCUGUACUGGUAAAUACUACUGUAGGAGUAUAUGCUUGUUAAAAUGGAAAAUGUGUCUUAGAGCUCAGUAUUCUUUAUUUUAUGAACACAGCAAAAUGUAGUAACUUUUUCCCAGCAUAUAGUAGGCACAUUCAAGGUGAUAUAAGAUGGCUUUUUUUUUUCCUAUGGAGGGAACCUGUUCUCAGUAAAGAUGAGCAAACAUUUGGAAUUUACAUGUGGGCCUAUGUUGGGAUUGCAGCUUUCAUCACCAGUCUGGACUUUGGCAAAGUCAAGAACAGCUAAGGCUGCUUAAAACAAGUUCUGAUCCUUAAAUGAGAAGGGAAAUGCCUGACAGACACCAUGUAAGUUGAAAGUGUCUGUCUUAUCUUUACUACCCAUAUUGUAACAAAUUCAAUAUCCUAGUCUUCAUUUGUAUGAAUGGUUUGUAUUGUACAUAGUUUAACCAAGUGUUAUUUGAGCUGCUUAUUAAUAUUAAAUUGUACUUGUCAUUCUGCUUGUCAUUGGUUAAAAAAGAAAAAAGGAUAUGAGGAACCCAUUUUAUCAAUGUAGCUGUGAACUCCAUUUAAAAAGACAAAAUUAAUGUACAAAGCAUUUAUUCAGCUCAAGUAUUGUUGAAAGCUAUACAUAUACAACAUUACAGUCUGUCUGUAUUUAGAUACUUUAUUUCUGGAUAAAAUGAAUUGUACAUAAAAUAAACACUUAAAAUUUGAGUUUCAA